UACAGUUUCCAGGAAUUCAGGUGUGCAUAUUCUUUAAGAACAUUUGACUGUCUACAUGUAUUUGUAAAACUUUCCAUCAUUCUGGUCUCAGUCUUCUCAUCUGUAAAUUGGGAAGAUAGAACUAAAUGAUCUCUAAGGUCCUUUUUGAUGCUACAAUCAUAUGGAAACUUGGCUGAAUGUGUAGCAAAGCCAGGAGCCUUGUUUCAUUCCCUUUGCACCUCUCUGACAGGAUUUUGCACAUGCAAAGUGCUUAAAUGAGGCCCAUUGGCUUUGUCAUGCAAAAGGAGAAAGCUGGAAUGUCCCUUGCCACCAGAGUCCAGUUCUGGACACACACACAACACACACCAGCUGCUCUGGAAAAUGUAUAUGGGGGAGAGGCAGCAUAGUUAAGUUGUGUGAGCCAAACCCACCCAGAGAUCCAUGUCUCAGAUUUCAUCCUCAUGAAAUAUUCAUUGAGUGUUUCCUGGAGCUCCUGUGAGUGGCAGAGGCUGGCCUUCCUGGGCAUUUCUCUCUAUAUACAGACCCCAGGCCCAGAGCUCUCUGUGGUCUCUCCUGUCCUGAUUUUGUCCUGUCCUGGUGCUGGUUGCUCUGUCACUGUGUCUUUGCCUUCUGCUCCUCUCUCUCUCCAUCUGGACCCCAGAGGUACCCAAAGGUCUUCCUUGGUGCCUGUCCUCCCCCCACCUUCAUGUCUGCCUCUCUCCCUUUCACUGUUGUCUCUGUCCAGAAGGUGAGGAUUUUCCCCUUUGGGACCCUGACCUGUGUAGCUCUCUUCUGCUUUGCCUUCCAGCACUCCACAUGCCUGAGCAGGGAGGAACCUCAGAACUGUGGGGAUGAGACGCCCUGUACAGAAAAGGAGCCAGACCAACCAGGGUGUCCAGAAGGUGGACUCUGUCCUGGCCCAUUACCUGCUUCCUGUCCCCCUGGAACUUUCCUCUCCAGAGUGGGUCCCCACAACACCUCCUUCUGCCACCGCUGCCCUCGAGGAUUCUUCAACCCCUGGCCCGGCCAGGAUGCCUGUUUUCCCUGUGGCUCAGAGGCCACGCAGCCAGAAGAAGGCAAGGACGCGUGCAUCUGCCCAGGGCCUGGCCGCGUGUUCCAGCCCAGUGACGGGCAGUGCCCCUGCCUUCCGGGCCAUCAAGAUGCUGGAGAGCCAAGGGGUUGUGUCAGGCGGGAACACAAGAGCUGCAAGGAUGGAGCCACCUGGAACCAGGAGGGGCUAUGUUUGACCAAGGAUCAGUGGAAUGACCACUGCGCUCAUGAGGUGUGUGCCACACCAGGAGAUGCCCGUGGCUAUGACCCAGGCCUGGGGCUUUGUCUGUGCUGGGGACAACACUCAAGUGGAACAUGUGACCCCCUGUGCUCAGAGGGGCAGAGACAUGUCCUACAGCUCAGCUGCUCUGAGGGCAUCCCACAGAUUUCCACCACUGAAGACACCAAGAGCCAGGAAUUUUACCUUCUGGACAAGCCUUCCUCCCCUCGCGCGGUGGGCCAUCCCUGCCACUUGGACCAAAGGCAGAAGCCUGUCCCUCUGUACGUGGUCAGGAUGGAUGGGACUGGCUUCCUGGGCCUGACCAGACCAGGUUGUGAACUGCUGCUUGCCCUUGGCCUGCCCCUCAGGGAGUCCAGGUCCCCGGGCCAGGAUGCAGGAAAGUCAAAGGAAGGACAUCUGACCCAUCCUCGGUCACCAAGCCUCAACUCCACAUACCUUGGGGACCUGUCACCCCCUGAUCCAGGCAUCCCAAACCCCACAGUAUGCCUCCAAAUCAAUGAUACACUGGCCUUCCUGGUGACCCGUGAGCAUUACCCUGAGUAUGACCUGGGCCACUUCUAUAACACGCUGGCGGAGUUUGACUGGGGGCGCUUCCGAGCCUUGGCUGAGGAGGCCCCAUUCCACGACCAAAGCCCCUUCUUCUUUCUGCAGCAGUUUCAGCAGCCCGGGGUCUAUGUCUUUCAUCUGAGCAGCAAUCGGCAUCGGAAGAUGUACGUCCGCACCCUGCCACCAGGGGGCCAGUGCUUCCCAGAAGGGCCAUUUGCCCCCACAACUCCCAGGUAUCUCAUCCAAACUGGCAUCGCCAGAAUCCCCAGCCCCCUGAAGAGGCCAGACUGGCCAGGAGUCCUGGGAGAGAUUGUCCUUCUCUUGGGACUUUGCCUGCUUCUCUUGAUUCAGUGUCACAGCCUGAGUUGGGCCCGAAAGGCCACUCCCCAACCCACCUUCAGGAAGCAUCAGCAAGGAUACAACCUGCAUGCCUACACUUCUCCAAGAACUGGCAUGACAUCAGUGAGGAGAGGUGGAUCACACCAAGACUCUGAUACUCCCAGGGUUGAGGGAGGUAACGGCUGGGAGGCCGAGGACCAGGUGGACCUGGAGUGGUUUGACACAGAAACCUUCUAUGAGAUCCUGCUCAGGCAGUCUCUGUCAGUGACCACCAGACUCAGCCAGACCAAGGAAGAGCUCAAACUCCUCUGCCUCAAACUUGUGAAUGAAGCCCGCUCUCUCCGGCAGCUGUGGAGUGCUGCCUGUGGCACCCCCGUCUCCACUGACCAGCCCCUGGGGAGCCCAGAGAAGAAACAUCAACAGGCUGCUGAAGCGGCGGCCAGGGCUGCGGAGGAGGAGGCCAGGAGAAGGCGGCACCUGGCUGGCGAGUAUGCAGCAAGCCUUAGUCACCAACUGAAACUCCUUCGCCAAGACCUUCGUGCCAGGCAGGAGCAGUGGGCCUCUUUCUGCUCAGCACUGCUGGCGGCUCAGCGGCUGCUGAAGGCACAGACAGGCUCCUGGCCCGCUAAGUCCUCCCAGACUGAGCAGAACCCAGAAGGGGAAAUCUCUCAGCUGGACGCUGUGUUGAGCCACCUGUCCUGGGCCCUGCUGCAGGAGGGCCACCGCAUGAAGGCCUGGGGUGUCCUGGGCACAGGCACGGGGGCGGAGCUGCUGCAGCCAGUUUCAGCAAGCCCUGAAGGGGGUGCUGAUGACAUCAAUGUGAAUCCCAUCACCAAGUUGAAGGUCCCCGGCCCCAAGUGCUCAAUGCUUCCAGCCAGCGGCUGCAGAGGGUCCAUACCCUCUGGCUACUUCAUUCACCCUGACACAGGGCGGGUGCUGCCAGAGGCCGGGAAUCUGGGAUACGAUCUGCAGGCAGCUACCCUGGUGCCCACCACUGACUUCAGUUCCGGUGGUGUCCGAACAUCAGAAGCUCCCAUCCUCCCCUAUGUGCCCUAUCCCACCUGUCCUGCCACAGGCUCCCCUCCAGCCACCUGUCUGCCUGUCCUGCAGCCAAGAAGGACCUCACAGCUUGGAGCUGUCAUGACAGACCCCAUUACCGGCAUUGAGGUGCCUGUGCUGGCUGUGACUCUUCACCCCCAAACAAGGCAGUGGCUCACUCUUGGGGGCACAUACUGCAAUCCCCUCACCAAGACCUUGGCUCCUCUAGAGCUGGGGGGCCCCAUGGAGGAUCCAGUUACAGGAGGCAUCGCGCCAAUCCUGGGAGUCGGGCUGGAUGAAAACACAGGUCAGGUGCUGGCACUGGGAGGGCUACGAGAUGCCUCCGGAAACCUCAUGAUGCCUGGUGACAACUUUGUGGAGCCGCUGAGCAGGAAGACAGUCCGGCUCCAGGGGGCUUCCCAACAGGAAGGCCAGACAGUGCCCCAUAUGGGAGGGUCACAGGCCCUGCUGGACACCAAUGUGCUGGUGGCCCAGAGGCAAGUGAUUGCAGUGCUCCAGUGGUGCCAGCAGAGGCCAGUAUCGAGGGUACAGGGGCUUCUGGAGGCUGCCAUCAAGGACAUGAGACAGGCACUGGCCUUGAGCCUGCACCAUAUCCUGCAGCAGGCUCGGAGACUGGAGAGACAGUUGGAGACAGCACAUGGCAUCGAGGCCAGUGGCGGCAAAAUAGGAAUGAUGUGCUAUCCUGGAACAGAGCUGUGGGUCCCAGUCCUGUAUGGGAUGGAGAUUCCAGACCCUGAGGGCUCAGGGCUCAUGGUGCCCAUCCUGGGCAUAGAAUGUGAUAGAAAUGCUACUGAUGUCACACCCCUGGCAGGUUCGAUGGAAGAUGCCACUGGCAAAGGUCUUGUUCCAAUCUCAAUUGGGGCUCAAGCCAUAGACCCCUUGACUGGGGAACCUGGUCCUGUCAUUGGAGCUCACACAGAUCCCUCUACCGGAGUGGUGGUGCCCAUCGUCCAGGUGCUGGAGGCCCUGCCUCGGGGAGUGAGAGACCUGGGGCUGCUGGACACCCUGGAACGGGAGCUGAGAGCCCGGGAGCAGUACUGGCACCACCAGGAGCAGGAAGAGAUGCAGCUAGCAGAACACUUGGGGGACCUCAGCCGGGAGCUCCUCUCCACUCCAGGCAAAGAUGCCAGGCAGCAGCUGAGGGCUGCUGAGGACACCUGUGUGGCCCUGGAGUCCUGCUGCCUGCAGGAGACCCAAAGGAGAGCCAGAGCCCUGAGCGUGCACAACGGCCCGGAGCGGGGCCUGCUAUCCCAAGUAGACAGAGAGGAGUGGGAACAGGAGGCACAGGUGGCACUGGGUUUUUGGAAAGUCCUGCAGAGUUUAAGACAGGCAGCAGAAAAGCUCAGACAAGCAGUUGGCCACCUGCAGGGCCAGGAGAAGGAGAUAUGGCUAGAGCAGAGCCCACAGGUCUGGAACCAUCGGAACCGUCACAGGAAGGUGGUUCAACAUCUCUCUGAUGAGUUUCAGGCAGCAGUGAGGGAGAGACAGAGCUUCCUGGAUAGGGCCCUCAGUCAGUUGCAGUACCAACGGAAGCUGAGCCACCUCCAGCUCUUGCAUACCCAGAUUGUUGCCUCAGGAACCCCUGUGUGUUUGGAGAAUUACCCUGGAAACAGGUUUUAUGGAUCAGUCACCACUUCUCUCAGGGGCCAGGUGGCUGCCUGCUCACUGUUGAUCCCAUUCCUGAAGAAGCUCACUGUAGCGAUAGUGGAAGCUCAAGGCCAAGGUCUCAGGUUGGAGGACCAGAGGCCAGGAACAGAUGCAGAUAAGGUUGACAUUAUGUUGACCUCACCCCUCUUUUCUGUCCUCAAGAAACUAGACAUCCAACCCAAAGCCUACAGAGAGGGAGCUGAACUGCAAGGACAAGGGCAUCACAAACUAGCCCCAAAAGUCCCUUUGCAAGAUCUUCCAAAAUCUCAGAGAAUAGAAAAGGAAGAACUGAUAACUGUGCAACCCAUGGACCUUUCUGGCAGAGAGUUUGUGGUUUACCAGUAUGGCCUCUCCAUCCUGCACCUCCUCAUCCCCCAGCUGCAUACUCCAGAAGUUACCCUGCAGAUUGCUUCUUGUCUCCCUGCCAUGGAAAGCUCAGACAAUGCCUUCCAAGGUUCCUUCUUCUAUCAGAAUGAUGAACACAUACUGUUUGUUAAGAGAGAGUGUUUGGCAUCUGUGGGAAGUUUCAUUCUACUGUUGAUUCACUGCCUGGCCCACAUCACUGAGGAUGAUUUCCACCAAGACUCCAAUCCCGCCUUUCUGAGGUCAUUUUACAAGGGGUUGAAGGCCUAUUUCAGGGAAGCAUUCUCUAUCACACUUCAAAUGUCAGCAGUUUCCUGGGACAGUGAGCUGGACCAAAGCAUCAGUGCUAUUCUUCUGGGAGAGCAGCCCAUCUCUGAAGGAGAAAGAGAUCUUCUUUCUAAACUCAUAGAAAGGAAGCAUGAGUCUCACCUGGAGCCAGAGUCAUCAGAAGAGUACAUUAAGAAAAACAAAGAUCUUCUCCUCUUCACCAAUAUGGAACAUUUCCUGAAAAGCAUCCUUGCUGCAGAACAACAAACCCCAAGAAAACCAAGAGAUCAAUUUGGGGGUAAAGAUAAGAUCUAGAAAAAAUGGUGAUCUCAUUUCAGUCUUCAUGAUUAAAUGGCAUUAAAUAUGUCAAUACAACA